AUGGCUUACUCAAAAGAAUUGGGGUACGAUCCGGAUGAGUGGGAGGAAUGCGAAAAUGAUGAGGGGUUUAUGAUAUUCGGUCUCUAUACUCGACUGUUUUUGACGCUGUUCACUUUAUUAAUUGCUGCUCUUAUUUUCUGGUUGAUUGAGGCACGCAAACAAUGGGCAAAAGCUGAAAAGGAGCCUGAACUUCUUAAAACCAGCGCGGUAAUGUGUACUUUUCCCAUGGUUGAAUACUCCGUCGUUUUUGGAUUCUCAGUGUCUUUAAAUAUUACUUUUGAGGCACAAACUUCUAUAACAUUCUUUCUUCAACAAGAGGUCGAAGCCUUGGAAGAAUGGCGUAGAGAAGUUGCUCGUCUUGAAGAGACAAAACUACGAGAACUAGACAGAAAAAUUGUUACUACCGGAGAACUACUAGACACGGAAUCACAAUUUAUCGACAGCCACAAGCUUGCACCAGAUAAUUCGUCACACAGUGAACUAGCAAAUGCGGAGAGAAUUUUCGCAGAAGGGUUAAAAGAUGAAGGAACAGAAAUAAAAUAUAUCGGUUAUCCUAGAGAACAAAACCGUCAGCAGGUAAUUAAAGAAUCACUGAGGCCUAUGAAUGAAAAAGAAGCUGAAGAACUGCAGAAACUAUUUCAGCAAUAUGACAUUGUCGAUGCAGCACGUCUAGGUCAGCAAAUAGAGGCAGUGCAGUCACCAGGCUUGUCAGAAGAGCGGAAUAGCGAAAAAAUCAAUGCAGAAAUUUGGAAAAGAAGUUUAAAUCUGCAAGAUGUACCCAAUCACUAUUGGCAUUCACCAUUACCAGAGCAUGAAUCUUCGAAGCAUGAACUACGAAAAGACGAACAGUUUACUGCGAAAAGGAUAAGCGAAUCAGAUGAAAUGAAACGUAUUGUUGAAGCUGAGAUUUAUGUUCAUGACGCUAUGGAGUACGUCAGUUCGCAACAACCACCAGAUUCUGUAGGAGGCUUUGUGGUAGAAGAGGAAAUGCUGGCCAGUGUUGGAAAAAGCGAUCAAGCUCGAGGCAUUGCAGAGCAUUCUGCAGAGGCUACCAGUCAGAUGGUCAAAACCAACGAGGCAUUUGACCGUAUUGAACCAGUAGCUGAAGUAGACGAUACGAUGACUUAUGCUCCAGAAAUCCAGUCUAUCGAAAUCCCCCCAGAUGAGACUAGUUUAAAUAGUGAAAAUUUAUUAGAAGACUUUGACCAAGCCGCAGCCGAGACUUCAGGAAUUAUUGAAAAUACUCAAGCUUUAACAGGGCAAACAAUUCCAGAUGUUGCGUCCGUAUCGUCGUUGCUGCUCAUAAAUUCGUUUCUUUCAGAAAGUUCGUUACUUAGCGUAAUGGGAGUGACAAGCAUGCAAGAAAUGUUGCUACAGCUGACCUCCUUAGAAGCCUUAUCUACAGCGAUGAGAAAAGCUGGUCUCGAAUCUUCUAAUCUGAUGUUCGGAAUUGACUACACGGCAAGUAACAAAUAUCAGGGAGAAAGAUGCUUUGGAGGACGCUCCUUGCACAGUAUCGACCCAGUGAUUCAAAAUCCGUAUCAACAGGUUAUAACUAUAAUGGGUCAAACACUAGCUCCCUUCGCGAGCUCUGGAUUUAUCCCUGCAUAUGGCUUUGGAGAUGCCAAAACGAGCGACUGGUCUGUAUUUAAGUUGAAACCUGAAGGAGAAUGUAAAAACUUUGAAGAACUUCUCCGAGUUUAUAAUGAAAUAACUCCCACCAUCAGUCUAAGCGGUCCAACAAAUUUUGCUCCACUUAUUUAUCAAGCAAUGGAAAUCUGUGAACAAGUGCAAGAUUACCAUAUACUAGUCAUUGUGGCCGACGGGCAAGUAACGAACGAAAAAGCUACAAGAAAAGCAAUUGUAAAGGCAUGCAAGUUCCCUCUCUCAAUAAUCGUUGUCGGUGUCGGCGAUGGCCCAUGGGACAUGAUGAAGGUAUUCGAUGACUCCUUACCAAAGCGACCAUGGGACAACUUUCACUUCGUAGAAUUUAACAAAAUAAUGCAGCAUGUGGAAAAUACAGAGACUGGCGAGCUGACGUUUGCAGUACAGUCUCUGCUGGAAGUACCAGACCAAUACAACACCAUCAAACAGCUGGGCCUUCUUAAAAAAUCAAAGCCACCAUUCGAAAGUCAGAUUAACUACCACAAAAAAAUCUCGUCAAAUUCCACUUUUAAUUAA